CAGUGCCAACUAUCAGUGCCAGUCAGUGCCGCCUAUCAGUGCCAGUCAGUGAUACCUGUCAGUGCUGCCAAUCAGUGCCGCCUAUCAGUGCCAAUCAGUGCCCAUAAGUGCCAGUCAGUACUGCUUAUCAGUGCCCAUAAGUGCCAGUCAUCAGUGCCAGUCAGUGCCGCCAAUCAGUGUCGCCUAACAGUUCCAGUCAGUGCCACCUAUCAUUGCCUUUCAGUGCCACCUAUUAGUGCCCCAGUCAGUGCCACCUAUCAAUGCCAGUCAGUGCCACCUAUCAGUGCUGCCAAUCAGUGCCACCUAUCAGUGCCAGUCAGU